UUCUUUCAGUACUGCCUGUCAGGACAUCCAACCUUACCAUGCAAUGUACUCAAGUUCAAAUCCACCACCAUCAUGUUGGACUGCGGGCUGGAUAUGACGUCCACCCUCAAUUUCCUCCCAUUGCCACUGGUUCAGAGCCCCAGGCUGUCCAAACUUCCUGGUUGGGUUUUGAAAGAUGGAAGCACAUUUCUGGACAAGGAACUAAAGGAGUGCUCUGGCCAUGUGUUUGUAGACUCUGUCCCUGAGUUCUGUUUACCAGAGACUGAGCUGCUUGACCUCUCCACGGUGGAUGUAAUCUUGAUCUCAAACUAUCACUGCAUGAUGGCAUUGCCCUAUAUCACAGAGUGCACGGGAUUCACUGGAACAGUGUAUGCCACUGAGCCCACUGUUCAAAUUGGCAGACUUCUGAUGGAAGAACUGGUGAAUUCCAUUGAACGUGUGCCAAAGGCUCAGUCUGCCUCCAUGUGGAAGAACAAGGAGGUACAGAGGUUGCUGCCCGCCCCUCUGAAGGACGCGGUGGAGGUGUCUAUGUGGAGGAAGUGUUACACCAUGCCAGAAGUGAACGCUGCGCUCAGUAAGAUCCAGCUAGUGGGCUAUUCUCAGAAAAUUGAGCUGUUUGGUGCUGUGCAGGUCACCCCUCUCAGCUCAGGCUACGCUCUUGGAAGUUCCAAUUGGAUUAUCCAGUCGCACUAUGAAAAGGUUUCCUAUGUUUCGGGAUCUUCUCUACUUACAACACACCCUCAGCCCAUGGACCAGGCUUCUCUUAAAAAUAGUGAUGUUCUCAUCCUGACGGGUCUGACACAAAUCCCUACUGCUAACCCAGAUGGCAUGGUAGGAGAGUUCUGCAGCAACUUGGCUAUGACUGUCCGGAAUGGAGGAAAUGUGCUGGUUCCCUGUUACCCCUCUGGAGUAAUAUACGAUCUGCUGGAGUGCCUGUAUCAGUAUAUUGACUCUGCCGGACUCUCCAACGUCCCUUUUUAUUUCAUCUCACCUGUUGCAAACAGCUCCCUUGAGUUCUCCCAGAUCUUUGCUGAAUGGCUGUGUCAUAACAAACAAACAAAGGUGUAUCUUCCAGAACCUCCUUUUCCCCAUGCUGAGCUCAUUCAGACAAACAAAUUGAAACAUUAUCCCAGCAUCCAUGGAGACUUCAGCAAUGACUUCAAGCAGCCAUGUGUUGUGUUCACUGGACAUCCCUCUCUUAGAUUUGGGGACGUGGUUCAUUUCAUGGAGCUAUGGGGAAAAUCUAGCUUGAACACUGUUAUAUUCACGGAACCAGACUUCUCUUAUCUGGAUGCCCUGGCUCCUUAUCAGCCUUUGGCGAUGAAAUGUGUUUACUGUCCCAUUGACACAAGACUGAAUUUUAUUCAGGUGUCUAAACUACUCAAAGAAGUCCAGCCUCUCCACGUCGUUUGCCCGGAGCAGUACACUCAGCCGCCACCCACGCAGUCUCAUCGCACAGACCUGAUGAUAGACUGCCAGCCUCCGCCCAUGUCCUACCGCAGAGCCGAGGUGCUGACUCUUCCCUACAAGCGGCGCUACGAGAAGAUCGAAAUCAUGCCAGAAGUGAGUAAUAAAAGUGGGGAAAAAGGUGGUGGCUUCCUGCUCGUACAGCCAGAUUCAAGCUACUGCUUCCGUAGCCCCUUCGACUGA